CAUUUUGGCCUAUUCUUGAAUAUACUUUGACAAACCUUCUCCUUCACUUGGAACAGGCAUUCAAAGUGUUUCGACAUCUAAUUGGAUCCACGAGCACGUAAUCCGUAUUGUGUCCCGCGGUUUACUCGCUCUCGACGGAAUUGUUUUCUACUUUCAGUUGAGCGAAAGCUUAAGGAAACACAAAGAUUUGUCCAUUAUUAUCAUGGAGCUGACAAAAGUUGCAGGCGCACUAAUUUCACUCCUGAGAAUGCUGGCAACAGGACAGUUAAUUAAGCCGAUAACCAUCUUGCGAUGUUUCAUCACCAGCAACUCCAUCACCUCCGGGAACGUGGAUUAUGAUGAACGCGAGCUAGCCAAAUUCAAUCGGUUUGCACGAAUAAUCAUACAAAGCAUUUUUUUCUGGGUUUUCAUCGAUACGAUACUGUUUCCGUUCGCAAACUCAACCGGGUAUGAGCUGUUCAGGUUCAGGCUGCCAUCAUCAUGGGUUGGGAAAAGGGCCUCAAAUUUCCUGAACACUUUCCUUGUUGGUGCUACGCCCGUAGCUAUUAUUCCCAAAAUUAUAUGUUGCACAGCAUGCAUCGGGGUUAUAUUGACGGGGAUGCGCACAAAGCUACACCUGUUGGCUCAUCGCUUCAAGAAAAUCGUACAACUGGAUCCUAAUGAUGAACAAUACUUCGAACGUGUUGUCCAUGAUCUUCGGGAAGCUGUAGAUCAACAUGCGGUAUAUUGGAGCUAUUUGGGAAUUAUGAAGCAUUUGGUGGGAAAACUGUUUCUGCUGGUACAUUACUUUUCGGUGUUUGCCAUUGGAGGAAUGAUUUUCGCUUGUAACGAAAUGCAGUUUAGUUUCAUGACAAUUAUAUUCGCAGUUAGCGUUUCGUUCUUUCUCUCAGAGUACUAUCUGCUGUGCCAUCUGGCGGAUUCCUUACAGGACGAAGCAACGUCAAUUUCAAAUGACAUCUUUGUGCUUUGUUCGCAAAUACCCUUCAAGCCAGAAUGCCGCUCCGAAUACAUCCAAUUGAGAACAACUCUAAUGAUUGUCUGGAUCACUACUUGCAACGGAAUAUCUGUGGAUUGUAAGGGUAUAUUCAAAAUCAAUAGACACACCUUUGUAGCUAUGCUGAACGUUGCUUACUCAUUCACAACGUUCCUGAUACAAAUGAACUAAUUUAUGCAAUGUUUUUGUUGGAAAGAUAAAGAAUUUACCAAAUACUAAUGUUUUCAAAACAAUGCUACCAUUUAGUAAUUAGAUAAGACCAAUAAAAACUCACGUGCUGGAAACUUGUAGCAUUGGCAAUUAAC